AACUAAAUUGGAGGAAUCAAUCAUUAUUUUUGAUGUGAAGACUUCAUCACUGACAUCUCUUCAUUUGUAAGCCUCCAAGAAAUAAUACAGCUGAUCAGUGGCAAUAACUGCUUUUGGUAUACACCGACAUUUAUUUGAAAAAACAAAUAAACAAAAAAACCUCAACAGACAAAACCCAACAAACUUUUUGAAGACUUGUGUCAAAUGACGUCAAUGGCCAGUUUGUUCUCCUUUACUAGCCCAGCUGUAAAGCGUCUGUUGGGCUGGAAACAAGGAGAUGAAGAGGAAAAAUGGGCAGAAAAAGCUGUUGAUGCUUUGGUAAAAAAGCUGAAAAAGAAAAAAGGUGCUAUGGAAGAACUGGAGAAAGCCUUGAGCAGUCCAGGACAGCCCAGCAAGUGCGUCACUAUCCCCCGCUCUUUAGAUGGACGACUUCAAGUUUCUCACAGAAAAGGCCUUCCCCAUGUAAUUUACUGUCGUGUUUGGCGUUGGCCUGAUCUACAAAGCCAUCAUGAGCUGAAGCCAUUGGAUAUUUGUGAAUUUCCUUUUGGAUCUAAACAGAAGGAAGUCUGCAUCAAUCCAUACCACUAUAAGAGGGUGGAGAGCCCAGUUCUACCUCCAGUGUUAGUGCCUAGACAUAGUGAAUUCAAUCCACAGCACAGUCUACUAGUUCAGUUCAGGAACCUAAGCCACAAUGAACCACAUAUGCCACACAACGCGACAUUUCCAGAUUCUUUCCAGCAACCCAACAGCACUCCAUUUUCCAUUUCGCCAAACAGUCCCUAUCCACCUUCUCCAGCCAGCAGCACUUACCCAAGCUCCCCAGCUAGCUCUGGACCAUCUAGUCCAUUUCAGCUACCGGCUGAUACUCCACCUCCUGCAUAUAUGCCUCCUGAUGAUCAGAUGGGACAGGAUAAUUCUCAAUCUAUGGACACAAGCAAUACGAUGAUCCCUCAAAUUAUGCCAAAUAUAUCUACCAGAGAUGUUCAGCCUGUUGCCUAUGAAGAACCCAAACACUGGUGUUCGAUUGUGUAUUACGAACUAAAUAAUCGUGUUGGGGAGGCUUUUCAUGCAUCUUCUACAAGUGUCUUAGUAGAUGGGUUUACAGAUCCCUCCAAUAAUAAAAACAGGUUCUGCUUAGGUUUGCUCUCAAAUGUUAAUCGCAACUCAACUAUUGAGAACACUAGACGACAUAUUGGAAAAGGAGUUCAUCUCUACUAUGUUGGUGGAGAAGUCUAUGCUGAGUGUUUAAGUGAUAGCAGCAUAUUUGUACAGAGCAGGAACUGCAACUACCACCAUGGCUUUCAUCCAACAACUGUAUGCAAGAUUCCUAGUGGAUGCAGUCUGAAAAUUUUUAACAAUCAGGAGUUUGCUCAGCUUUUAGCUCAGUCUGUCAACCAUGGAUUUGAAGCAGUAUAUGAGCUGACAAAAAUGUGUACCAUUCGAAUGAGUUUUGUAAAGGGCUGGGGAGCUGAAUAUCACCGACAAGAUGUCACGAGCACCCCAUGCUGGAUAGAAAUUCAUCUUCAUGGGCCCCUCCAGUGGCUGGAUAAAGUACUUACACAAAUGGGUUCUCCUCUUAAUCCCAUCUCAUCUGUUUCAUAGUGCUGAAAUUCUAUCUUCAGCCAUAUUUUUAGCGAACUUAUUCUAAUUCUAGAGAAACUUCCAGUGUGGAUACUGUGAGCUAUAUGGAGAAUGGAUCUUAUGGUUUAACUUUUUUUUUAAAUCCCUUUGUGACCAAUUCCAUUGUGUAUAGCUAAUCAGUUUUACAUUUCAAUUUGCUCUUGUGAUGCUUAAGUGACAGUUGAGCCCUAAGGGAAAAAAGUCUAUUGAAAAAUUGAGAACACUUUUCCCCUCCUUCAAGUAGAACUUAAAGAAGCAUAUGUCUUAACUGGAAAAUUUUUUCUUUGUCCUGUAGGGACAAGAAUUAUGAAGACUGACUUCAGAAAAUAAAUACAUAUCAUAGUUUGGGAUUUUUUUUUAAUGUUUAUGAAACUGUUUGAACAUGUGCAGCUCCAGCUUGCAAGCUGUAUUUUUAGCGUAAUUGUUUAACAUCUUACGGUUGACAUCUGUCAUAAGCAAA